CGGUGUCGCCGGGUUCCUGCCCGAGCCUUUCCCCUCUUCUCUGACCCCCCCUCGCGCGCUUCACUCGCUCACCUCGUGCACCUCAUUCUGGCCCGAGCGCCCACCAUGGGCCACGUGCGGGUCGCUAGGCCAUGUCCAGACAGUGCACCGCGCCGCCGCCGCGUGGCCCCGAGGAGCAGGAGGAGGAGGAGGCCGACGACGACGGGCCUCCUCGGCGGGAGGCCCACGCGCAGCCGCGGGCCGUGGCGGGGCCGGCGCCUGGGCGGCCGCCCGCCGUCGUUGGGCCCAGGAGGUUCAGGUACCAGCCGCUCGCCGGCGGGGCCCCGGAGCUGCCGCACGCGGCGGCUGGCCCCAGCGGGCCCCCGCCGCUGGAGCCUCCGAGCGGCCGCCCGCCGGCGGACGGCGAGGUCGCGCGGAACGGCGCGGAGCCACCGCCGCAGCCGACCGUUGUGGGCAGGGGCUGCGCCGCGGCGGCGGUGCGGCUAGAGCUGGAGGCGAUGCGGCCGCCCUCGAAGGAGGCGGUGCCAGAGCGGCCGCAGAAGAGCCUCGCCACGCGCGCCCACGAGUACGUUGCAUUCCUGGUGUUCGGGAUGGGCUGCGGCUGGGUCGUGGUGGCCGGCUCCUACAUGGAGCUGCCCGUCUACCAGGAGCGGUUCGGACUGAAGGCCAGCAACCGGAUGACGAUCGGCUACAACAUCGGCGCCGCCUCCUUCCCCAUAUUCGUUUGCCUGCAGUAUGUGAUGCAGCGCCGCGGGCUGAGCUUCGACUACAGGGCCCUGAUCGUGGCGCUGGCGGCGGUCAACGCGCUGGCCCUCCUGGGCGCGGCGUUCCUGGUGGACAGCCUGGAGGCGCUGGUCCUCCUGCAGGUUGUGGGCGGCGGCUACGGCUGGCUGACCGGCCUGGUGCACCAGCGCUACAUCCUGCUCUCCCGCGAUAGCGCCUACGUCGCCGUCUUCUGGGCGGGCGACGCGGCCUCGGCUGUCUUGGCCGCGGCGCUGGCGCUGGCCCAGAGGCGAGGGCGGAGCGUUCGGCGCAGCGGCGGACGGACGACGGAGCGGGCGAGCUUAGGCUCGCCCCCUCCUGGCGCUGCAGACAGGCCGGAACGCGGCCAGGCGGAGCGGAGCUUCGGGCCGGAGGCGUUCUACCUCGGCCCGGGAGGUCCCCAUGCUGCGUGCUGUCGUUCUGGCGCAUCGAGGCGCUGGGCCUCGGGCUGCUGCCGCCCCGCCGCGGCGCGGGCGCCUCCGAGGUGGAGGCCACGGGGCCGGGCGCCAGCGGAAUUGGGCCAGAACCCGCGCGGGCGCUGGCGUGGGUGGUGCUGCCCGCCGGGGCCCUCUCGCGGAGGAGGACCACGGCGGUCAUCGCAGGGGUGGUGUUUUGGGCCAACUUCGCGGUCUGGGGUUUCGGUGACUCGGUGUUCCCCUACGCCUGCGCCCGAGGGUCCCCCUGGGACGGUGGCCAGACCUGCGUCUUCCGCUCGUCGUUCGGCACGGUGUUCGCCAAGAUUGCGGGGUCGAACGUCGCGGCGGCCGUGCAGAGACCGUCUGUGCCAUGGUUGCUCGUGCUCGCGGCCCUCUUCUCGUGCUUCGUGGGCCUCCUCUUCCUGGCCGCGGACCUCGGCGGGCCCUGGGCGGGCACCAUCACGGGCUCGCGGGACGAGGGUUCUGGGGACUACGUGGUGUUCGUCGUGCUCGCCGUGCGGACGCUGGGGCUGCUGCUGCAGAACCUGGCCAUGCGCAUGGUGCAGACCGAGUACGAGGAGCUGCACUGGGAGUCGAUGAACACGUUCUUCCUGGCCGUGUGCAUGCUCGCCAACGCUGUGGCGGUGGCGGUCGCCACGGUUUUCGUAGGAACAUUGGACAUUUGACGAUUGGCGCCUGAGUCCAAAG